AUGGAAUAUAUGAGCAGGCUCCUUCAAAGAAUGCAGCAAAAUCAUAAUUUCAACCACCAUUCUAGAUGUGCAAAGCUAGCCCUGACCCACCUUACCUUUGCUGAUGACAUUUUGCUUUUUGCUAGGGGUGAAAAAAGUUCUGUUGAUAUGAUGAUGAAAACUAUGCACACCUUCUACAACUCCACAGGUCUAGGGGUUAAUACUUCAAAGUGCAAUGUGUAUUUUGGUGAUGUUAGUGAGGAGGAGAAACAGAAUAUCCUUGUGAGUACUGGGUUCAAUGAGGGACAAUUGCCUUUUCGUUACCUUGGUGUGCCUCUCACCAGCAAGAAGAUGUCAUUGAAUCAUUAUCUUCCCCUUAUUGAAAGGAUCCUCAAUAAAAUCCAUCACUGGAGUGCCAAACUGCUAAGCAUGGCUGGAAGGAUCCAACUUGUCAAAUCUGUUUGCACGGCUAUUGCAAGUUAUUGGCUGCAAUGUUUCCCGAUUCCCAAGUGUGUUAUACACAAAAUUCAUUUUGUUUGUCACACAUUUAUUUGGACAGGUGGUGAAACUAAUAGCAGCAAGAGCCCUGUGGCCUGGGACACUGUUUGCAAGCCAAUCAAGCAUGGAGGGCUGGGAAUUAUCCACCUGGAAAUGUGGAAUCAGGUGACCAUGCUCAAGCUUUUAUGGAAUCUGAGUAAAAAGCAGGACUGCCUUUGGGUGAAGUGGAUGCACUCGUAUUUCAUUAAAGAGCAAAAUCUCAUGAACAUUGAGGUGACCAUGGGUGCUUCGUGGAUCAUUAAAGGGGUUAUGAAAGCUAGGAACCGUAUUAAUGACAUUCUGAGCUACUGGAACAGCAGCAUUACCUCUCAGAAGUUCAGUUUGGGGAGUGCUUAUAAAGUGUUAUAUAGUGAUAAUAAUUUUGUUGCUUGGUAUGAUUUGAUUGCAGGGAACAUGGCUAGACCAAGGGCUGUCACCUAUCUUUGGCUAACAUGUCAUCGUCGGAUGGCAACUAAAGAUCGAUUGGCCAAAUGGGGGAUCAUUGGUGAUGUGCAGUGCUGCCUCUGCCAUGAGAUUGAGAAUAUAGAUCACCUUUUCUUUGAGUGUAGCAAGCUCAAUCAGAUUUGGAGAGAUGUUUUAAGUUGGCUUUGUGUUGAUUACCUCCCUUCUCCUUGGAACGUGGAGCUCCAAUGGCUCAUCACCUACUGUAGUGGAAAAGGAAAAAAAGCUUGGAUUAUGAAGAUUGCGAUUGCCGAGACAAUUUACCAUUGUUGGCUGUUUAGAAAUGUUGUUUGUUUUGGUAAUAGAAUAGAUAGAAAUACCACAGAUAUUGUAAAUAAUAUUAUAGAGGCCAUCAUACAUAGGAGUUGGCAUAGUCGUAGAUACCGUGAGUAUACCGCACACUUGAUGUUGCAUACUUGA